AUGUCACGUUCAAUAUUGGUGUUCCAUCGUAAUACAAGUGUAAGUGCUGAAAAAUCGAAUUGCACAAUGGUGGUGUCAUGUGAUAAAAAGGUAUGCACAGACGAAAAGAAACAUUGUGUAGAUAUUGCAGAUCCCUUCAGUUCAAAAUCGAAAAAUGAGAACAAUGUUACGAAAUUAAUCAGACAAAACGAUAAUGAUUAUUACAGUACAUUAUGCUGGAUUGAAAUAACAAAAAUCAAAGAUAUUCUAACCGAAACCGGUAUAGAACGUUAUGUAACACGAGAAUAUGCGAUAUCAGUAGAAACACCAGCUGAUUUUAAGAAUAAUAUUAAUAAAAACACAAAUUUCUCAUAUCACAUAUCGUUAAAAUUCCGAAACAAUAGUACCGACUUGCAAGAGGUUGAACCGUUUGAAAUUUAUGAAAGUGAUACAAGAAAAAGUACAGUGGUAAAUUUUACAACGAUUUCUGUCAUUGAUAAUAUCAAAAUACGUGAACAUCAAAAAAAAUUUUGUGGUGCAGGACCUAUAUUAAUAACAGAAACAAGUGAAUGGUCUAAUUCUUUACAUAAAAAAUUAGAAAUACGAGUUAGCCCAAAAAAACAAAAGUUAAAAGCUGCUGAAUGUAAUAAUCUAACAAAAUUCACAGAAACACCUGCAACCGAAAAAUCCACAAUCACUCAGCCAGACAAGCCUAGUCGCAGAACAGAGAGUGAUAGUACAAUAACUUCGCAAACUGAAUAUACGACUGAAUUAAGUACAAUUUCCUCUAAUAAACCAAGCUCUACUAGUAGCACAUCCACCACCAUAAAAUAUAGCACUCCAUUUGAUCCAUCUAUGUUACCCAGUAGUGUUUCUAAAAAUAGACCAGAUCCUCGCUCCUCGACAAUAAAACCAUCCUCUUCAAGAAGAAUUCCAUCAUCAUCAGUUACACCGGACCCAACUUUCAGUACAGAAAAAACAACAAGUAUUAGUACAAAAUCUGAUGAACCAGAAACUACGACAUAUUUGCCAACUAUGUACAACACAUUAACUCCUACAAUGACAGCAUCUACAAACACUGAUACCGAAAGAACAACGCCAGAUUAUUAUUCUUCUUGGGUUCCAACAGAAGAAACAUCACCAGUGGAUAAUUCAACGGACGUAGCAACAAGUACACAUGGUUCAACACCCAUAAAUAAUACUUUCCCUUCUGUAACUCCAACUAGAGCUGGAAGUUUAAGUUCUUCACCCACACAAACGAGCAUUGAAACAACAACGCCUGUACAAGAUUCUACACCUUCAAGGAAUACAAGUUUAAUUCCUGAUAUAACUUCAACAUCCUCUUCGUCUGAAGUUACUACUUUGCCUACCUCAGUAAGCGAAGGUGCAUCACCUGAACCAUCUAAAUCAGAACCAACAGACGAAACAAAUACACAAGGCUCUACACCUACAAAUAAUACUGCUCCUUCUGUAACUCCAACUGAAGCUGGAAGUAAAGAAACUCCUUCAAGCUCUUCACAAACACAAACGAUCACUGAAACGUCUACCCAUAUUCAAGAUUCUACACCUGCAGGCAAUACAAGUACAACUUCUGACAUAAAUACAACACCUUCCUCGCCUGAAGCUUCUACUUUGCCUACUUCAGUAACCGAAAGUGCAUCACCUGAACCCUCUAAAGUAGGUUCAUCUGUGUAUGCUUCAAAAUCAACUAUGUCAACACCAACAAAACCAAGUAGUGUUGAAAGUAUUUCGUCGACAACAUCAACAGAACCAACAGCUGAAACAAGUACACAAGGUUCAGCAUCCACAAAUGAUAAUGUUGCCUCUGUUACUCCAACUGGAUCUGGAAGUAAAGAAACUCCUUCAAGCUCUUCACAAAAACAAACGAUCACUAUUAAAACUACCUCGGUACAAGAUUCUGUAACUACAGGCAAUACAAGUACAACUUCUGACAUAAAUACAACACCCUCCUCGCUCGAAGCUUCAACUUUGUCUACUUCAGUAACCGAAAAUGCAUCACCUGAACCAUCUAAAACAGGUUCACUUAUAGAUGGUUCAACGUCAACUACGUCAACACCAACAAAUCCAAGUAGUUUUGAAAGUACUUCUUCCACAGAAUCAGCGGAACCAACAACUGAAGUUUCACAAGAUUCAACACCCACAAAUUAUACUGCUCCUUCUGUAACUCCAACAGUAGCUGGAAGUAAAGAAACUCCAUCAAGUUCGUCACCUACACAAACGAUCACUGAAACAAGUACCUCUGUACAAGAUUCUACAAAUACAGGCAAUACAAGUACAACUCUUUACAUGAAUACAACGCCCAACUCGUCUGAAGCUACUACUUGGCCUACUUCGGUAACCGAAAUCGCAUCACCUGAACCAUCUACAACAGGUUCAUCUGUAAGUAGUUCAACACCAACUACGUCAACACUGACAAAUUCAAGCAAUGUUGAAAGUACUUCUUCAACAGAAUCAACAGAACCAACAGCUGGAACAAGUACACAAGGUACAACACCCCCAAAUAAUACUGUUACUUCUGUUACUCCAACCGGAUCUGGAAGUAAAGAAACUUCUUCAAGAUUUUCACAAAUACUAAUGAUCACUGAAACAAGUAACCCUGCACAAGAUUCUAUAACUACAGGCAAUACAAGUACAACUCCUGACAUAAAAACAACACCCUCCUCGCCUGAAGUUACUACUUUGCCUACAUCAGGAACCGAACGUGCAUCACCUGAACCAUCUAAAACAAGUUCAUCUGUAGAUGGUUCAACAUCAACUACAUCAAAUCCAAGUAGUUUUGAAAGUACUUCUUCAACAGAAUCAACAGAACCAGCAACUGGAACAAGUACGCAAGGUUUAACACCCACAAAUAUUACUGCUCCUUCUGUUACUCCAACAGUAGUUGGAAGUAAAGAAACUCCUCCAAGUUCGUCACCCACACAAACGAUCACUGAAACAAGUACCCCUCUACAAGAUUCUAUAACUCCAGGCAAUACAAGUACAACUUCUGGCAUAAAUACAACACCCUCCUCUUCUGAAUCUACUACUUUGCCUACUUUCGUAACUGAAAGUGCAUCACCUGCACCAUCUAAAACAGGUUUAUCUGUAGAUGGUUCAACAUCAACUACAUCAACUACGUCAAAUCCAAGUAGGUCUGAAAGUACUUCUUCAACAGAAUCAACAAAACCAACAGCUGGAACAAGUACACAAGGUUUAACACCCACAAAUAAUACUGCUCCUUCUGUUACUCCAACGGGAUCGGGAAGUAAAGAAACUCUUUCAAGUUCUUCACAAACACAAACGAUCACUGAAACGUCUACCCCUGUUCAAGAUUCUACUUCAAGCAAUACAUCUACAACACCUGACAUAAAUACAACUCCUUCCUCGUUUAAAGUUACUACUUUGCCAACUUCAGGAACGGAAAGUGCAUCACCUGAACCAUCUAGAACAGAUUCUUCUGUAUAUGGUUCAACGCCAAUUGCGUCAUCAACGACAAAUCUAAGCAGUGUUGAUAGUACUUCUCCGACAGAAUCAAUAGAACCAACAGCUGAAACAAAACCCCAAGGUUCAACAUCCACAAACUAUACUGCUCCUUCUGUAACUCCAACUCGAUCUGGAAGUAAAGAAACUGCCUCAAGUUCUUCACAAACACAAACGAUCACUGAAACGUCUACUCCUGUUCAAGAUUCUACACCUACAGGCAAUACAAGUACAACUUCUGACAUAAUUACAACACCAUCCUCGCCUGAAACUUCUACUUUGCCUACUUCAAUAACCGAAAGUGCAUCACCUGAACCCUCUAAAGAAGGUUCAGCUGUGGAUGCUUUAAGAUCAACUACUUCAACACCAACAAACCUAAGUAGUGUUGAAAGUACUUUUUCGACAGCAGCAACAGAACCAAUAGCUGAAACAAAUACACAAGGUUUAACACCCACAAAUAAUAAUGUUGCUUUUGUGACUCCAACUCGAUUUAGUAGUAAAGAAACUCCUUCAAGUUCUUCACAAAAACAAACGAUCACUGAAACGUCUACCCCUGUUCAAGAUUCUACACCUACAGGCAAUACAAGUACAACUUCAGAUAUAAAUACAACACCCUCUUCGCCUGAAACUUCUACUUUGCCUACUACAGUAACCGAAGGUGCAUCACCUGAACCCUCUAAAGAAGGUUCAGCUGUGGAUGCUUCAAAAUCAACUACGUCAUCACCAACAAACCCAAGUAGUGUUGAAAGUACUUCUUCGGUAGAAUCAAUAGAACAAACAACAGAAGUUUCACAAGAUUCAACACCCACAAAUUAUACUGCUCCUUCUAUAACUCCAACAGUAGCUGGAAGUAAAGAAAUUCCCUCAAGUUCUUCACAAACACAAACGAUCCCUGUUCAAGAUUCUAUAAAUACAGGCAAUACAAGUACAACUCCUGACAUAAAUACAAAACCCACCUCGCCUGAAGUAAGUGCUUUUCCCACUUCUUUAACCGAAAGUGUACCACCUAAAAGAGGUUCAACUGUGAAUGGUUCAACAUCAACUACAUUAACACCAACAAAUCGAAGUAGUGUUGAAAGUACUUCUGCGACAGACUCAACAGAACCAACAGCUGAUACAAGUACACAAAGUUCAACACCUACAAAUAAUACUGCUCCUUCUGUAACUCCAACUAGAGCUGGAAGUAAAGAAACUCCUUCAAGUUCUUCACAAACACAAGCGAUCACUGAAACGUCUACCCCUGUUCAACAUUCUGACAUAAAUACAACAGCCUUCUCGUCUGAAGCUUCUACUUUACCUAGUUCAGUAACCGAAAGUACAUCACCUGAACUCUCUAAAGUAGGUUCAUCUGUGGAUGCUUCAACAUCAACUGCGACAACACCAACAAAUCCAAGUAGUGUUGAAAGUACUUCUUCGACAGAAUCAACAGAACCAACAGCUGAUACAAGUACACAAGAUUCAACACCCACAAAUAAUACUGCUUCUUCUCUAAUUACAACUGGAACAGAAAGUAAAGAAACUACUAUAAGUUCUUCACCCAAACAAACGAUCACUGAAUCUACUACUCCUGUACAAGAUUCUACAACUACCGACAAUACAAGUAAAACUCCUGAUAUAAACACCACUCCCGCCUCGUCUGAAAUAACUGCUUUUCCUACUUCAGUAACCGAAAGUGUACCACCUGAACCAUCUAAAAGAGAUUCAUCUGUAGAUAGUUCAACACCAACUACGUCAACACCGAUAAAUCCAAGUAGUUUUGAAAAUACCUCUGCGACAGAAUUAACAAAACCAACAGGUGAAACAAGUACACCGGGAGAAAAUUUAGCUACUGAUUCCAUUGAACCUAAAGGAAGCACAGAAAAUACUUCAUCUACAAUUACAUCAGGUGAAACAGAUUCUAGAACUCAUGACGUUACUUUCGGUACAGAAAGUCACACAAGCUGGGUGCCAACAGACAAGGAUGUCUUAUCAUCAACAUCGACAUCGGUAGAAACGACUUACAUUUCUUUGGGAUCUACAACUACUAAAGAAUACUCAAGUAAAACAAAACCAAGUGAUGUACCAGUUACUUCGGAAACCGAACCUAGUUAUGAGACAAAAGACACGACUCCCAGUUUAUCUUCAUCAGAAUCGAGCCCUACUGAAAAUGGAGACUCUACAACUACUGAAGUGUCGCCAGAAACGAGUGCAAGUUUCGUGACAACUGAAUCCGAUUUGUCAACAUCUACCCAAGCAAGUCCAAGCCCUCGAGAUACAGAACAUACACAAAAUCCGUCUACUGCCGCUAGUAUGACUCAAAGCUCCGGACGUCCAAAAACGACCAGAGAAAAUAUUAAAUCAUCAGAAUCUACAACUCUUUCCAAAUUAAUAACUCAAAAUGAAACUGCUCAAAUUACGAAUGAAAUUGUAACGAAUACUGUAAUAAUUACUACCGAGUCUACAAGUGAAGCAGUUACAUCAUCAACAAAAACUACCGAUGAAAUAACCACUAUUUCCGAUAAAAUGCCAGAAGCGGAAACUACACCUACAACUUCAAUUACGAUAAGUUCAAGUUUAGUAACAAAUACUAGUACUUCACUUACAUCGAGUACUCAUGAUCCAAGGCCAGUCACGAAAGAUGGAAGUGCAUCGGUCUCUACGCCUAGUGAAAAUACACCAAGUAUAAAAACAACAAGGCGAACUACUCCUACAUUGUUUACUGUUUCAACUACGGAGAGCUCAACAAGUGGAAUUGUAAAUUCUAGUACACCAGAAGUGGGGAACCAAAAUGGCACUAAUAAAUCAACCACUUGGCCAGAUUUUACUCCGACAACUGAGAGUAAACCAACAAUAAAAUCAUCAACUUUGCCACCAUGUGAAACGAAAAUUACAACAACAACAAAUCUACCAUUCUGCGUAACAAUUGAUGAUGAUGAUUUAAAUAAAUGUAAAACAAUUAAUACACACACUUCCAAAUCACCCUGUAUUGUAACAAAAGAACCAGGCACUACACCAUUUGGUAUCUCACCUUUAAUUUGUUAUUCAUAUUCAAUACAUAUUAAUUCAACUGAACGACAUUUUUGUUAUGAUUCAAGAACAUGUUCAAAAGAAUAUUUGAAACAACACACGCGUACGUUAUUAAGGUUUGCUUCCAAUGAUUUAUUUAAUGAUAAACUGUGUAAUAUUACAAUAAAAAUUGAGCGUGAAGAUACAAAAUACUCAAAUACGCUAAUAUUAUCGAAUCCAAAAACAUUGGUUGAGUUAUACGCUGGUAUUGAUAACUUAUUGAAUGAAUUAGAUAAAUCCACCAAUAAAAAUGGUAGGCCUUGUAAAAAUAUUAAAGAUUUAAAUAAUCAAGAAGCGAAUUUAUUAUUAAGUAAACUAAUACAAUACGUGUAUAAAAGACCAUUGGAAGCGAUUCCAUAUCCAGCAAUUAAUUAUAAAAGUGAUCCACCAUUCUUAAAUGUACCAUUACAAAGUCGAUCAAAUAAUCAUUUGCCAUCAACGUUACACAAAAAUUUUGAGAGUAAUUUAUCACCACCAAAAUCUGAUUUCUUAAUUUUACAAAAUAAUCCAUUUGUGAAUAAUUUUAGAAAAAAUAUGCCAUAUUAAUAAAUUUAGAAUUAGAUCGCGAAUACAAUUGUUAAUUUGAGAGCAAAUGCCAUCUCAUAGCAAAAAAAGUAUGAAAUUAAUCUUGCUAGAAUCAUUCUUCGGUAAUAAUAAAAAUCCUUUAACAUGUCACUCUUUAAAUAAGGUCUUUUUCCCACACUUUUUGUUGUUGUGUCUAAUAUAUCGUAGUAACUUUUUACACGUUUUUAAAACAAAGUACAAAUAUGUUUUCACACAUAGCUUUAGUCUCUUAAAAUAAACCUUUAAAUGUUUUAAUUCUAGACACAUGCCUUAAAAUGUAUUUCGUGCUUCAAAAUUUUAGAAGAAACUGCACCGAAUUAUACACUCAUGUGCAAAUAGUCAUAUACGUGCUAGUGAGAUAACAGCAUUAUUAACGUUUGCCUACGAAAAGUAUCAUACAUCGCAGAAGUAUGUUAAAAAUGCGUUAUCACAUGUGUAUCCUACAAAAAUUUGCCUACGCCUCAAAAAUGUGAAAAUAAAUGAUAAUUAUUAUUUAAAAUUUGUCAUGGCUUAUUGAGAAAAAUAGAAAAUUAAAACAGUUAUUACCGCCUUAGUACGGCAAUGAACUAUUUUUCCCACGUAUACUAACUGAGAAAAGAACUUCUUUUCUCACGGGCGUAGAUAAAAUAACUCACUAAUUUUAAGAGUGGCGUUAGCAAAUUUGCUCUUCAAUAGCAAAUGUAUUUUUGGUCUUAAGUUAGAUUUUACAUAAAAAGAGACUGAAUUAUAUCUGAUAUUCGUUAAAUUAUUCAAACAUCAAAUUUAAACCGAAUAUUUUGCAAAUAAUAGAAUAUUUUAGAAAUUUACGGGUAACUUCAGCUAAAAUCUUGUUCACUUAUCGUUAAUGUAAAUUUGGAGACAUGUUAUUUUUCUUUUCCAAACCUUAGUUAUUUUUCAUAAUUUUGUUAUAUUUCACUGAAAUACAUACUUGGAUUGAAAAAGGGAUGCAAAUUUUCCCCUAUUCACAAUUGAGAAACAACUUGCGAAUUAAAUGCGCAAAAAUUUGUUAUUUAAUCGACCGAGUAUAAAUCACUACACUUUUAGAUUCGUUAGCAAGUGUUAGAU